CAAAACGCGCACGCAACCUGACUGAUUUCCACAAUCUGGAGCUAUUGGUACAGAUAGUUUGGGCUUCUACUCUGUCUGCUGAAGAUCAUAUCUUUGUUUCAGUAAACCUGUAGAUUGAAUACAAUCAGUUCGCGCCAAACCAUCUUGUGGACGGGUGACAUCCGGCGUACAUAUUAGCCAUAGUUUGUUGAGUGUUUCAUUAGUGAACUCUAAUUAACUUGUUAUUGUUUGGAAAUAUGGCAUGUGCUACGCUUAAACGAACCCAUAACUUUGACAUCAUGGAAGCGACUUGUUCCAAAAGACGGCGAUACCAAGCUUUAACUCGGAACUGCAACACGGAAGCAGCAGCGUCAGAAUCCCCAUUCAUCCCGAAGGAGUUAUCAACCCAAACUCAAUUGAAACGGCGCAUCAAGGAGGAAAUCAAACGUCUACAACGACGUCGUUUGAUACCACGAUUUCUUGGAGGUCCCACCCCGGCAAUAACUGCGACAUUCGCCGGUCAUGCAAAGGAUGAAAACGUGGUGGCUUCGUGCAGUGGUAGUUUUCGAUCCAUGGCAUUGCGGUCACCUACUUCAGAUAGUCAAGACUCGGAUAGUGAUCAGUCACCUUUGCGUACCAGUGAACCGAUAUUCCAAACACUUGAGAAUGUCUCAGUUGUCUCCUCACAAUCUUCUUUGAAACCUACACAUACCAUCGAUUCAAUGCCGAUCUUCACCUUACCCCAGGUUACGGCUCUUUGUGAGCGCUUAAUCAAAGAACGAGAAGCAGAGUUACGAGAAGAGUAUGACAGUAUAUUAUCUUGUAAAUUAGCAGAGCAAUAUGAAGCAUUUCUGAAGUUCAAUCACGAUCAACUCUACAGUCGAUUUCAGAACUCCCCAAUGAGUUUUGGCUAUGAACUAGUUCUCGUUUGAACAUUGCCGUAUUUCCCAUUCUAAGUCAAAUGAUAUUUUCCCAUAUAUUGUCCUGAACUCUAUGUCGAGGUUCAGUUUAUUAGGCAAAUCUAUUUAAGAAAUAAUCCAAGCAAAGAAUCACGCAGAAAAUUUGUUUGCUGAUUUCAUGAAUAAAUAGGUUUGAAAUUUCACUAAAGCAAACUAUAACCAUGUCCUUCGUUAGAUUCAUUAGUGAUAACGUCUAAAUAUUUAUCUUCACUCAGAAGCCCACACUUUUGUUUGGUUUCUAUUGAUCAUCGACUUAAACACCACCGAAACUUCUAAAUCAUAUUUUCUAUCCAUUCAAUUAUCUUUUACAAACAAAGGUGUUCAUAGUGUCAUUAGCAGUUUUGAAAUUCAGUCAUCAAAGUGGUUAUUUAUAGACUUUCACAAAUUCUACUCGUUUUUGGUAAGAAUUUGGAGCAUGCAUAAAAAAGAUAUGGUUAGUAAAUUGAUUUACGGAAAAUUGUUGGAACCAAUCGUUUUACAAAGAUAUCCAACGGGAUCGUCAAGUUUACCUUCAUAUAAAGAUAAUACUCAUAAUCUUGGUGUAGGUCGUUGCUGGAUUCUUCAUCGGUAAAAACGGAGUUAAAUUUAAUUUGACUAAACAUUCAUCCAAACAAAAUGUUUUAUUCCUUUAUGACCCCUUUUUACGCCAAAAUUUUCCCGAGACUGUGCACUCUUUCUGUCGUAAAGUGCAACCGUUAUCAUAAUUAGGGACCCAAAUCGCAGAUAAUUUAAAAUGUAAUAUUUUCAAAACAUUUAAUUUUUCUUGAUUUUAUUUCCAGAUGUGUCCUGAGAAAUGUCACGUAAAUCACACGAUAGAAUUUUCUAUCCCCCAAAACUAUAUACUGCCUUCCAUCUGGUACUGCAUUAUUGUUGGACUGCUUGAGUUAUUCUGAAGAUGAACUUUAACCUUGUGUUCUUGUUUCUCACGUGCAACCUCAACUGCCUUUUCCCGAUCUCUAAGCGUUUGCCAACCACAUUGUUUCUUGUGUUUCAGAAAUUUAUCAUAAUUGUACUCGUAUAGCUAGUACGCGCCAUACGUUGCAUGUAAUGGGAAUUGUCAGAUCAAUGCUCAACUAUUUUCUGUAUCUCUUACCAUAUAUUCUCUGUGAUGAAUAAUUUUGAAGGCCUGUUAACAUACUUAGAAGUUUUAUGCCUUUUAAGUAAACCUGGUAAAUAAAUGUGAUCGUUCUCAGUUAUUUUUUUGCUAGAUUAGAAUAAAAGAGUUAUGGUUCCCAAUCCCUUGAGUUUAUAAAAGAUAGUAAUUUAAUAUGUGCUUUGAAAUCUUACUAAUAUUAUCAUCGUCAAUAUUAUCUGUAAUUAAUCAUAUUUUUACAAAGGAUAUAAUAUCCGCCUCCUACUACAGUUUCUGGUACGCUUGUAGUUGUAGUAGGACUGGGUCUUUGAACAUGUUUUGCCACAAAAAUCUAAGAGUAGUAAAAGUACAGUGGAUAUUUUGAUGGGAAUUAAAUACCCGGGAAAACAUACUAAUGUAAAAUAGUGAGAACCCGUGACCAGUGGUCUAGACAUGUCGGAUGCGAUAUCUACCGCAUGCAGUGAAAGACGAUCGCGAUGCUGAGCUUAGAUAUGUACAUAAUUGGUAGCAAGACUCCAUAGUCUAGAUGUCAAGAGUUGUCAUAUGGAACAGAAAACCUUGUAAUAUGGACGUGCAUGUGAACGGUUGAAGAUACCCCGUCGGAAUGGAACUCGUCACUACAAUUCAACUCCCUCGACUGAGGAGGCGUCUGACGGCGAGGAUAGGAGUACCUUCUAGGACACUGAUAAUAGAAGGUCGUCAACAUCAUACAGGAUUCAUGCCACGGACCACGCUGCAGAGCCGUGCAUAGAGGACAGCUGACAGGCUCAUUCAAAUUGAGUAGCGUAGUCAGAUAAAACUACUUACUGUCACUCUUUUAGUGGUUGACUGGAUUAUGAAGACUGACAUCUGAGGGGAAGCACGGAAUACAAUCGACAACUAGACGAUUUGAGCUUCUUAGACCAUCUGGCACUUCUAUUCCAUACACACGAACAAUUAAGGGUCGAGAUAACCAGUUUAGCAGCAGUAAAGGGAAAUAACAAGGCCCUCAUAUAC